AUGGAUGACCUUGACUGCACCCCUGAGCAGAAACUAAAAGGUGCGGUGUCAUUGCUACUUGAUGAAGCUUAUCAGUGGUGGCUUACAGUUAAAGAGGGUACUCUGCCCGACCGAUUGACCUGGAAAGUUUUCAAGACUACCUUCCAAGGAAAAUAUGUGGGCGCUAGUUAUGUGCAUGCCCGGAGGAGGGAGUUUCUGAAUUUGAUUCAGGGGGAUAAAUCUAUGGCUGAAUACGAGGCUGAAUUUUUACGACUUAGCCAUUAUGCGCAUGGGAUAAGGGAGCCAGAUUUUGCUGUAUUAGUGGAAAAGGCGAAGAUUGCCAAAGAUGUGAAGCGAAUUGAGUGCCAGAAUCGUGAGAAGGAUAGAGCUAGGAACAAGAGUGUUUGGGAGCCCUCAAGUUCAGUUUUGAGGCCUAAGAAACAGGCCAGAGUUGAUGGGCCGAUCAGAAUUAGGGCCCCUAUUGUUGCUACUGGACUGCAACCUUAUACUGAUUAUAAGAGAUGCCAUCAGGGCAAGUGUUGGAGAAGGGUUAGGGCAUGUUUUAGGUGUGGGUCUUUGGAGCACCAUAUCAAAGAUUGUCCCCGGAGGCCUGAGCAGAUGCAAGCUACUAGUUUGGGUAAUGUACAGCCGCCGAGGGGUGUUCAGCAGCCACUAAGAGGCCGUGUUCAGACCAGAGGUGGAAAUGGUAUGGACCGUGGUCAGAGAGCACCGGGGGGAGGUGCUAGUCAUACUGAGGUGAGGUAG